GGCAGGGGCGGCCCUGGGAUUCGUGCGGCUGCUCUGAGGCUUGGAGGAGUGGGGGCGGCCUAGGGAGGAAGCCGGAAGCAGCGGCGGCCACAGCUCCAGAGGCAUGGCGGGUGUUAAAGCUCUUGUGGCACUGUCCUUCAGCGGAGCCAUCGGGCUCACUUUUCUUAUGCUAGGAUGUGCAUUGGAGGACUAUGGCGUUUACUGGCCCUUGUUCGUCCUGAUUUUCCAUGCCAUCUCCCCCAUCCCCCACUUCAUCGCCAAAAGAGUCACAUAUGAUUCUGAUGCGACCAGUAGUGCCUGUCGGGAACUGGCAUAUUUCUUCACUACUGGAGUUGUUGUCUCUGCCUUUGGACUGCCUGUAAUUCUUGCACGUGUGGCUGUGAUCAAAUGGGGAGCUUGUGGUCUUGUGCUAGCAGGCAAUGCUGUGAUCUUCCUCACAAUUCAAGGCUUUUUCCUGGUAUUUGGAAGAGGAGAUGAUUUUAGCUGGGAGCAGUGGUAGCACUUGGUUCUGGUGGUUUGUACUAUAUGUACAUGUCCACGUUUAUAUUUAAUGUGCUGAGUUUUUAUACCUUUAUAUCAUGAACAUUUUAAGAAAGAUGUCCUAAGCAAAAGAUGAGUUCUAUUCCCAGCAUUCUCUCAAGUUGAAUUUAUUGUCGGUUUGGCUGUUCACAUAGUGUUGCACUCAUAAAAUGCAUUAAAACAGUCUCAUAGGUGGCCACUUA